AUUCAUUCGUCUGUCGAAAGCUGACGGGCCAACUCGCGUCAACAUCCAGCGCGUCUUGUUGGGUAACUCCGUCGAGUUUUCACGGUUUUACAUAAGAGCCGCCGUUCAAUUGGCCCUCAAUAUCGAAUCUUAAGUACUUUAAACAAAGUGUAUCGUGCCGUUUUUCGAGGGGAUGAGUGCAUCAUCCUGGAACCACGAGUUCUAGUAUAGAAGGUAAAUGACGACGCAGAGCUGUUUUGGAUGGUCGUUGGAACCGACUGCGGUGGAAAUUCUCGAUACAAGAGGAUCCACUUUCCUCGCAAAACAGAUGCACUCACAUCCGGACCCGAAUGCCACCUUAAGCCCGGGUUUAAAAUCUGCCGUAGAGGAGGCUGCGUUGUCGAGAAUAGCUCAUCAGAAGCCAUUCAACUUCUGUGGUCGUUGGGCGUUCCGAGAGCGUGAUGAGGAUAAAUAUUCAUGCUUUGAGGAUCCGUGGAACAAACGGGGGCGAGUGACGAGAAGAGAGAGGGUGCCAAUAUCUGUGAGGAUGAGAGGUUUCUGCCAUGAGGGGCAGGAGCGAGGGCGUCUAGUUGAGCACCAACUCGAGGCCCGCCUCUGUGAGGCCCCGCUACCACGGGGGCGCCUCCCUGAGUCGAGCCACCUGAGCCGCUGGAGGCGCCGCCGGAGGGCGCCCCUAGCCCCCGACCGGAGGGCGCCCCUCGCCCCCAACCGGAACCCAACCACCGUCCGCGGGCAAGACGAGGCCUCCCGCGACCGGAUCUUCAGUGGCAUGAACCAACUUCAGGCCAAACUCGUCAACAUGUCGGCCAGAAACGGCAGCUUGAUUCUCCUCGCCUGGAACCUCAACGAAGAAUUUCAGCAGUUGAUUGAGAAAAAUGUGGAGUCGCUGAUGGAGGACAUGAAAAGUUUGCACCAAGAUCUGAAAGACCUCCGAUUCGCCAAUGAUCUACUCAGCCUCCUUAAAGGGGAUUUGGACCACGUAUCUCUCAAAAGAUGGCCCUUCAUGAUCCUCAACGAAAACUUCUGCGAAAACCCGCAGCAAGAGUUCAACCUCAUUAUAUAGACUUCCAGUUAUUUGCCUCGAAACUCCGAACCAAUGCAAGACCUUUUUCAAAAUGUGUUUAUUCGCAACACUUAUUGUGCAGAUUUCUCUUUAGCAGAGCACAAUAUUUUUGCGGAGCUAUAAAUACGAGUAAAGAUUUCUUUUAUUUAGCUAAACGGGAGGCUAAUGCCGCAUAUUUGCAAAUAUAAAGAAAAUAGCCAUGCUUUAAAUAAGGAGAAGAAGAAAGUAUAUGUAAGUUUUGGCAUUAUCAUACUCAUGCUGACGUCAUCUUCCGCUCCAAAGUUGUAAUAACGAGAGAAUCUCAGAUUCUAGGAAUAAGAAUACGAGCGCCAAUUGAAUAAAAUGUUUGAAAAUCAUGAAUAAAUCAAGAGAGACGAAACACUGUAUGAACUCAUACGCCUUUGAUUUGCCACACUACAACGUCAUCCUUUAAAUAGGUCAAAUCAAAUAGUAGGUAUCUAAUGAGUUUUUGUUUUUUUUCUUUUUUUGUUUUUUUUUUUGUAAAAUCAAUCAUUCUCCCAAAUUACUUUAGGAAGUUAAAUAGAGAUUCCGAGUGGAUUUUCGAAUUUUUCCUAGAGACUAAAAUUAUCCUAAGCACUAAGAUUUCAUGUGCGGAGCACUCCAAUAGAUCCAAUGUCUGUAGCGCAUUCACUGAGUGGGCCAUGAUAGUGAAAUCAUUCGCACGAAGUAUACACAUGUUCAACCCCGCGCUAAUUGUAAACACCUAAUAUUUUUACUCAUUGCUACAUUCUAAA